AUGUCUCGGUUAGCGGAAGAAGAUAUAUUACGAGCAUUGACAGAAGAAGACGAUGAUUGUGACACUGAGUUUAUGAAUACCGAACAAGAAUCGGAUGGUGAUGCAGAUCAUAUCAGUGCUCAAAGCAAUACAGAUAGUGAAGUGGAUGCUGACAUACCAUCUUUGGAUUCAGACAGUGAUGACUUACCACUCUCGGAGUUGCAACAAGCUGAUCAUACAGAAUAUUAUAAAGACACACUUAUGAGAACGUUGAAGAAACAGGCGUCACAACCGUCCGAAGACCUGAUAAGACCAAAUCCUAAAACUGAAGAGAAUAGUCCCGCAGUACAAUCUCUUGUAACGGACAGAGCAAACUCCGACAUUGGAGAGGCUUAUCCCGGAGAAACAUCUUUUGUAACGAACAGACCAAAUCCUGACGCUGAAGUAAACAUUUGUGCAGCUAACAAUGAAAUACCAUCGACACAAGAACUUGAUUUUUCAGCUUCCUUUGAAACAGCCAAUCCAAACCCUGACGAUGGAAAGAACAAUCCAAGAUCGAUCGAUGAAAUCCCCCAACAUUCAACUUCCUUAUUGGACGAAUCUGCAACUCCAAUCAAAGCAAUUUUCAACUAA